UCAGGCCAUAUUUUUUUUCCAGUACAUUUCUUUCAAUUUCUUUCAAAACUCGUUUUAAAGUAAAGAAAAUGGAAGAGCUAACAGAUGCAUUGGCUGGAAGUUUUGAAAUCAGCAAGGAACCCAACAAAACUUCAGCACCUCAUCCAAGAUUUUCACAAUACAAACAGAAAACAUCCAGCUCAGAUCAAGACUCUCGUCGCAAAAAAUUGCUUGAAAUACAAAAAAGACACAGAUUUGAUUUUGUGAAUCAUGUAAGAAAAUUGACAGAAGGAGACUGGCAAAGCAGUUCACAAGAAUUAGAAGAAAACAUUGAAAAUGAAGAGGAAAUGGAUGUAGAAGUCAAAUUACACAAACCUGGGCGCUAUUAUAAAGACCAAUUAAUGUUAUCAGAAUGGCUGGUAGAAGUGCCUAGUGAUUUCAGCACAGAAUGGUUAACUGUACUCUGUCCUGUGGCCAAGCGAUGUCUUGUUGUAGCUUCAAAGGGAACCACUAGAGCCUAUACCAAAAGUGGCCAUUGUAUCAACUCAUUUCCCUCACAUUUACCAGGAGGGUAUCGUAAAAAUGCUGAUAAAGAUACAACCAUUCUAGACUGCCUGUAUAGUGAAGCAAAUCGAACGUACUAUAUUCUAGAUUUGAUGUGUUGGAAUGGUCACACGGUUUACGAUUCUGAGACAGAGUUCCGCUUUUAUUGGUUGCACGAAAAAUUGAAAGAGUUUUCAAGCCUCAGUUCAUCAUCAAACACAAAUCCUUACAUAUUCAUUGGUCUGCCUAGUUUUCAUUGCACACAAGAAGACAUAGCACUAGCAGUUUCAAGUGCAGAAUUUGAGAUUGAUGGUGUUUUGUUUUACCACAAGCGAACCCAUUACACAUUUGGCAGCACACCACUAGUUGUUUGGUUAAAGCCUUACAUGCUGCAGGAAAUUUUGGGGAUAGCUGUACCAGAGCAUCAGAUGACCCAUAGGCCGGAGGGUUAUAGCAACUAUGCUGCUCACAUGAAAAAGGUGGAGGAAGACAAAUUAAAUCAAGAGAAAAAGUCAUCAAACAGAGGCAGGAGGAAAAAUAACAGGAAAAAGCAAAGUGCCAUGGAAACAUCUAGCCAAGAUGUGGACAAUAUACCCACUAGUGAAGUGAAUGCUGUGACAUUGGUUGCCUAGUGACAAUGAUUGUCCUGUAACAAGGGAUCAGUUUACUCUGAAAGACUCACACACAACAGAUGUUGAAUCAUAUGCAAAAUCCACUUUGUUUGGCACCAACAUGUUUAUACAAUACACUAGCUCAGAAUUUCUGCUUCAUCUGUAUAGCUGUGUUCUACAUAAAGAUAGUUGGCCAGUUAGUGGUUCUCAUAGUGCAGACAGGGAUGAUUGUAUUUCACACAACUCUUUAAACACAUCCACUCAUAUCUUGCUCAAAAAUAACUUAAGUUGUUGACUGAUUUGGGUAUGUUUAAAUUUUUUUAAAUCUGUCUAGCUAUUGUGUGGAUGAGUUAAUUUUAUUGUAACAUAUUUCUUACAGUUUUUUUAGAUUGUUUUAUUCUGCUCUUUUUAAAAUUAUUAAUGUUUUAACUUAUAUUAGGUGAAACCUACAUAUAUUGAAGUAAACAUUUAUUUAUUAUUUAAAUCUCUUGUGUUUUCUUAGUAAUAUUCAACAGUCUUAGAACUGGAAUAAUCUUUGAGGGAUGUGCUUCAAGUUAUUCAAGAAAAUAGGUCUAGGCUGAGAGGUCAUGGUUUCAAAGUAUGAACUGUGUCUUUUAU